AUGGUGGGCCACCUGCAUCUGCAGGGCAUGGAGGAGAGCCUCAAGGAGAAGAGCCGGGAGGGCGUGCUGGACAGCCCCGACUCCGGGCUACCCCCCAGCCCCAGCCCCAGCCCGCCCUUCUACUCGUUGGCGCCUGGCAUCCUCGACGCCCGCGCUGGGGGCGCCGGCGCCUCCUCCGAGGCCCCCGGACCCGGCGAGGCCAGAGCGGUAAGCACGCACCUUCGGGCAAAAAGGGGGGCAGUGCCCGCCCCCUCACCCCCCAAGGAGACGGGGUACUUCAGGAGCCUGGCCUGGGUCCCUCCCGGCAUCCCCCCAGCCAAGAAGGUGUCUCAAGAGACAGCCAUGCUCCCCAGCUGCAAUUCUGAGGUCAAGUAUGCAUCGGAGAAGCACUUCCGGGACAAGGUCUUCUAUGUGCCGGUGCCGACGGUCACGGCCUACAGUGAGACGAUUGUGGCCACGCCCAACUGCACUUGGCGGAACUACCGCAGCCAGCUGACCCUGGAGCCGCGACCCCGCGCCCUGCGCUUCCGCAGCACCACCAUCAUCUUCCCCAAGUGUGCCAGCAACUCCUUCCGCACCACCCUGCACCUCAGCCUGGGUCGGCCCCGCUGCUGGUUCACGGCCAGCGUGCAGCUGCAGCUGUGCCCGCGCCCCGGGCCCGGCCUCUUGGGGCCCGCGCCCCUCUGA